AUGGAUUUCGAAUGCUCUUUCGAGCUGUGGCUGGUCCGCCACGGCCAGACCGAGGACAACCUCACCCGCACCAUCGCCGGCCAGGGCCCCUCCCAGCUCACGCCUCACGGCGAGCAACAGGCCCGCAGGCUCGGCAAGCGCCUUGCCGCCACGCCCUUCGACCUGGCCUUCGUCUCCGACUUGCCCCGUACCAAGAAGACCUUUGACAAUAUUAUUCUUGAGCACAAGACUCUCCCGCCCCCGGUUCUGACUGCACUAUUACGGGAGAAGGCGGCAGGGGUCAUGCAGGGCAAGUCGGUCUCUGACUGGGACAAACUGGCCAAGCAGUUCGAAGCCGAUAAAAAGGGCGCCUACAGGGAAUUCAAAGCCAAAGAUGCCGAGUCGUGGGUCGACGUCAACCGCCGGGCUGAAGUGCUGGUGGUCACGCAUGGAGGCUUCAUUAUGGAGUUCCACAACGUAGUGAACAAGCUCACGGAGGGGAAGGCGCCUGAGUUCCGGAACACCGCCAAGAACUGCUCGAUCCACUCUUUCAAGGUGGUGCGGGCGGAGGGAGGGCUGAGGGUAAGCAAGCUGCUGGUGAACGACAACACGCACCUGGAGGAAGAUUGA